AUGACCGAUGUUCUGGAGCGCUUAGCUGAGUGCCAAGGACCUGAACCAGUCAACCAACCUAAGAACCAAGUGAAGGGUGGGGAUAGAGCCCUUGAGCGAUUCUUGAAGUUCGCUCCACCUAGGUUUCAUAGAGGGUCUGAUCCCGAGGUAGCGGAAAAUUGGUUUGAGAGAAUGGUUGAGCUUUUUGCUGCUUUAGAUUAUGCCGAGGAAAGGCAAGUAAAUUUUGUAAUUUUCCAGUUUGAGGGAACGGCACGCUCAUGGUGGAACGUUGUAAGGGCGAAAUGGGAAAGAGAACAAACCCCUUGGACUUGGGUAAACUUUGAGAGGGAGUUUAAUGUCAAAUUUCUCCUGCCAAUUAUAGAAGAAAAGAGGGAGGACGACUUCAUUAAAUUGAAACAAGGAUUACUAAGUGUGGCCGAGUAUGAGGAGCGGUUCAUUAAACUUUCCAAAUUUGUCCCUGAGCUAGUGAUCACAGAGCGCAAAAGGAUAAGGAGGUUUAUUCAAGGACUAAACAUAGAUAUCCAAGAAUCUCUAGCAGCCGCCCAGAUCAUCACUUUUACGAAUGCCUUGGAUAAAGUAUAG